AUGAGACUGGCAGAGGCGAUAGCUUCUACCUUUGCCUACGAGACACACACGGGCAAGCGAGUCUACAAGGGCAAUGUAGACGCCGAAUGGACAAUUGGCCAAGUGCCGCACGGUGGCUAUAUGAUCAGUCUGCUCGCCAACAGCUGUAUCCAGAGCCAGAGCAACUCUCGCCACCCAGAUAUCGUGCACAUAUCUGCACAGAUGCCCGUGGCCAGCACACCGGGUCCAUUUAUGACUCAGAUCAGCGUACUUCGUGCUGGCAGGGGUUACACCGACUUGCACGUCGAGCUCAUCCAACGAGGCAAAGUCAACAUUCGCGCGACAGUCAUCUUUGGCGUACUUGACCCGCCGCCGUCUGAACCCCAUAUCGACAGGCAGUCCCUCACACUUGUGCCGCCUGAUCAACGCGCGCGCCGGGUACCUUUGGAUCAUCCGAGCGCGUACGAAAGCAGUCCAGCGCUAAAGGUAUUCAGCUUUCGACAUAGAAUAGAUUGGGCGAUAGAUAGACAAGCGCAGAGCGAGUACGCUCGCAUCAACGCAGAGCAAGAGAGAGCUGGGCAGGGUCGCGAUCAUGAUUAUCUGCGCUGGUCAGCCUGGCUAGAAGUCAAGGAUAAUCCCGAAGGUAUACGAGCGGACAUGAUUCCUUUCUUCGCCGACAUGUUUGAGAACGGUCCGAUGAUGAUGCCAGAGGACCUCAAGCCAAAGGCUGCCUGGUUUCCAACAAUGACGAUCGCGAUUCAAUACAUGACACGUAUCGAUCCGGCUAGCUUGGACAGAUUUAGCUCAGACUCGGUCGGACUUUGGUCGGGCACUCGCUUCGUCCACAAAGGCGCCCACGAAGCCGAUGUCGAAGUCUGGACGGCACCAUCACGUGCACGCAUAGGCCAAGGCGAAGCCCAGUCUGGCUGGCGAGAUCGGCAACGCAUCCUCGCCGUGUCUAGGCAGAUGGCUCUAGUCGUUCCAGCCGAUCUGAAUAAGCGGCUCGGUACACGCACGGAUGCGAAGCUAUGA